CAUUUUACUCGGUCUGAUCCGGUCUGGUCUUAACAACGAUUUGGUCCGUGUGGUCUGUACGGACCGGACCAUUGCACACCCCUACUAGUCAGCCGAGUAAAAGGCCCGGCCCAUUUAAUACCAAACCGGUGGCCCAAGAACAUCGAAUCAUCUUCGUCGAUCAAAGCGCAAGUACGUUCUCUUCCUCCGAAUUCAAUCACCACCGUCAAAAGCAUCCUGAUCCCGAUUCCUAAAACCCAAUCGCAGGGCACUUACACUACACAGCGCCGCAGGAAAUUUGGCAACCCCCGAAAACCGCUCUAAUAUACUUCAGCCACCAACGCGCAGUUCUCCCGUCGCUCACACACACUUUCCCUGUCAAACCAAGCUGCCUGCCUGACCUCCUCCCCAAGUCGGUUCGUCGCUGCAUUUCUUGCUCAGGUAGAGCCAUCGUUUUCCUCCCCCGAAAACCCUAAUUUCUUUGCAAUUAUCAUCGUCGCCAUGGAUGAUGCUCUUCUGCUCCGAUCUUAGCUUCUGCAAUUUCUAGUGAUUUUCUCUGCCGGGGUUUUGUCCCAUUUCCUCGUUUUCCAGUGAGCUUGGUUAGCCGAUGCGGAUAUUUUUGCUCUGUUUUGGCUCUGUAAACGUUUGCGAUUGUUGAUUUUCGUUCCAUUUCUCGAUUUUUUGUCGGUCCUUUCCGACGGCCGAAGUCCCGGUGACGAGAGUUCUCCGUGCGACUGAGAUUCUCGGCCAGUUUUGUUGAACGCAGUUUGGGAUGACGACCUGGUGAAUGAACUAGCUAGAUGCAGAUUUUUUUUUUGCAGGCGAGGUGUUUUGUUUGGAUUCACAGUUAUUUUCGUCCAGACAAGCUUGUAUCGUCUGCUUGGUUUUGGAUUUUUGCUAGGCUAAUUUGUGAGGAAGUAUUUCCAUUUUCCGUGGACUCUCUGUUUGGAAGAAGCAUCCUAGGAUCUCAUUUUCAUUGUAUUUGAGAUAGCAUGUGUGAUUAUGGGUUGUGUUGAUGUCCUGAUUCUAAAGGGAGAAGCUAGGUUUUGCAUUUCUUUUGUGCUGGUGCUUAAACAUGGUUGUUUGAUUCGAAAGGUCAGUAUCUGACGAUGUAUUUGGCUGAUGUAGGUAUCAUGGCGUUCAGGAGUUCUGCAAUGAGGUUCAUUAGCAGGAGGUUCUCCAGUGGUGGCAAAGUUCUGGGUGAAGAGGAGAAAGCUGCAGAGAAUGUUUACAUCAAGAAAAAGGAGCAGGAAAAGUUGGAGAAGCUCGCUCGCAAGGGCCCCAGUCCAGGGGAGAAAGCCGGAGCAAGCUCUGCAGCAACUGAUGCCACAGCUUCCGCUUCUACUUCUUCUGCUGCUGGAGGAGGCUCGACUCAGAAGGUCUCGACCGACACCUACCGCAACUAUGCCGUGGUGGCUGGAGUGGUCACCAUCGCUGCAUCUAUCGGGUGGUAUCUGAAGUCUGGUGAUUCGCAGAAGCAGGAAGUCCAGGAGUGAUUGCUAGCCCGCCCUGGCUUGAAGUGUGGCAAGAGGAGGCGCGUCACUCUGUUUGACCCUCUUCUAGUCUUCUUUGCCAUGCUUUUUUUCUUCUAAUAAGCAGGAUUUUACACUAUUGGUUUCUGUUUUGGUUUAGGAAACUUUUUUCCUACCCCCACUUUGGCUACUCUCCUCUCUAGUGUCUACUUCACUUCACGCCUCAGCUCUCUAGUCAGCUGGUUGACUUUUGUUUCGCCUGAAAACUGAGAGGGCAUUAUUGACCUGAGUCUUACUGCGAAAUUGUGAAAAGGUUGGUAGUAGUAGUAGUUGUGCUGUUUUCCCAUGGGCUCAUUCUCAGUUGGGCCUUUGCUUACUUUGGGCUCACUGUUGGGCUUGAGUCCCAAGUCUAUAAUUAGCUGUUUGUUUAUGGUGCUAGACAUGUUCCGAGUAUUAUUGAUGCUUAUAGAUAGAACUAGUAGGAUUAUGUAGGAAUUGCCGUGUUUAGGAGUUGUUUAGCUCAGAAGUUGUAUUUGUAAGCAUGAUCUAAUACACUAUUACGAGAGAGGAGAAGGAGCAAAGCAAGAAAGCGUGUUGUCACGUGGCGGGUGGGCCCAAAUAGUAGAGUCCCACAUGUCUCUAAGCCCAACUACUCAAUUACCUACUGAUAUUAUAAUAAUAAUAUUAUUAUUAUUAUGGAUUUAAUUUAACCGCGAAAAUAGAAAUAAAUAAGGGUGAUAUACUUUUGUUUUUAUUACUGGAACUAAUACUCGUUUUCUUUCUCUUAUCAUAUUGUUUUGUUGGUUGGCUCAAAAUUUCAAUCAGCUGAGAUCAUUAAUGAAUUGUUUAAGAUUAAGUGAUUUGUUUAGUUUGGGGAAUUAGUUGAUGUUGAACCUUUGAUUAACAAUGAAUUAAUAGAUACACAAUAUGUUAUGACAAGUGCUGACUGGUAUGUUAUCAGCACUCAGUUUUUUUGGUAGUGGUCUUGUGGACCCUUUCUCUAUACAGUUCAUUAGAAAAUUGCUCAAACAAUGGGAAUUUUAGGCGUAAAGCAAAAUACACUGUUUUUUUUUCAUACAAAAAAGAAAUAUAUUCAUUAUUUUCCGAAACAAACUCGAUUAUCCACAUGACAUAUGUAAGAUGGAGUAACCAUCAGGAACUUGUCCAUAUCUGCAUGACAUCAACAUCCCCUUUCUCCUGGAAAGUCUUUUAUCUUUUCCCCAUUAAUCUUUAACGGACGAUUUCUCUCUCGUUUUAAGUCAAAAUUUAAUUUUUGCAUAGAUAAAUCAGAUUAAAUAUGCUCUUUAAAAUCAUAUCCACUUUGAUAUAUUUUUAAUACAAAAAAAAAAUUGAAUAAUUUUUUACCAGUCAUUACCAUAUGGUAUGCUCGUAUUUAAUAUCAUAUGGUAAGAAAGCGUACCAUGAUGGUAUGAGUUGAAUACAUGAUAAUAGGAGUAUACUAACUGUCAUUUACGACUUUCAUCAUUGUUUACCACAAGUUACCACCCACAUACCAUAGUGGUAAAGUAUGGUAAUUUUUGGUCCAGUAUUUUUUUCGCCCAGAAAUUUGUAGAUCCAAUAUAUCAUGAUGAACUCGUUCCUUCUGAGCAAACGUUUUCAAAAACGACUUAAAAACGAAGAAGUUACCAUAUGGUAUGUAGUUGGUAAAAAAAAGUUUAUCAAAAUAUAUUGAAAAUUGAUCUCAUUUUGUAGAGCACAACGAACUCGUUCCAUGUGUGCAAAAAAAUUGAAAUCCGAGUUAAAACGAAGAAGAUAAGAGUCGAUUAUGAAAACUAUGGAAAAUAAAAUGUCUUUAAUUGACAACCCUUAAGUCUGAAUUUUCUUGGCCCACUUAGAUCUAAAGGCUCAAAUUUAGUUACUCAUAGAUCAGUAACCAUUGGUUACUGACCCUAUCCUAAGCCCUGUAGGUUACUUUAGAUCAUGGGUCAAGCAGAAUGAUUAUUGAUGAUGAUGAUAGAGACUAGUUUCCAAAAAAUUUUGAAACCGUAA